AUGGAAGAUGAUCCAAUAAACUUUCAACAAGCCAUAGAUAGUUCUAAUUCUCCAAAGUGGAUUGAUGCAAUGAAUGAAGAGUAUAAAUCUAUGCAAGACAAUAAAGUUUGGGAACUUGUCCCAUUACUAGAAGGGGUGAAGCCUGUUGGAUGUAAAUGGAUUUUUAAAACCAAACGGGAUUCUAAAGAUAUUGCGUACAUAGUUGGCGUAUUAGGAAGAUAUUUGAGCAACCUAGGUUUGGAUCACUUGGAGGCAGUUAAAAGGCUUAUGAGAUAUCUAAAGAGAACUAGAAGUUACAUGAUCACAUAUCGGAGGUCGGAUAAUAUUGAGAUCAUUGGGUAUUCUGACUCUGAUUUUGCGGGAUGCCAAGAUAGUUUAAGAUCCACUUCGGGCUAUGUAUUCUUGUUGGCUGGUGGAGCAAUCUCUUGGAAGAGUUCCAAACAAGGACUUACAACUUCAUCCACCAUGGUAGCAGAGUUUGUAGCAUGUUAUGAGGCAUCAAAUCAAGCAAUAUGGCUAAAGAAUUUUGUCACUGAGCUGCAUAUUUUGAAAAGGAUUGAAAAGACCCCUUAG